AUGCUUCCCCAAUUUGAUCCUGGCAACAAGCACACUCCGCGCCCAAAUGGCCAAAGAAACCAUUCCAUUCACUGCCCAAAUGCCACCGCCGUAACAGCUUGGCUUGAUGAUUGCUACCUUCACUACUUCUCUUCUCAAUACGCAAAUCUUGACACUAUCAAUUAUUGGUCUUGCCAUAACCAAACCAAAGUCAUGGAACCGACUGCUGAGACUCUUAUGUUGAGACUUAGAGCUGAUAUCAAAAUGGCCAUCCACCUCAGGUUUUCAACUAGGAAGUGUGUCCACGAUGUGUCACCUGAAGACUGUGAAAUUUGUGUGGGGAAAAGCUUUCAAAAGCUGUAUGAGCGUUGUGGUGGCAGAGAAGGAGGCACUGUGUUUUCUGGACAUUGCAUUGUGCGGAAUGAGGGUUACAAGUUCUUCUCUAAUAUCAAAGGUGGUGGGUGGUUAAUUGGCAAUGAUUCUGGUUUUGGGGGCGUUAGGAUUUGGGAGAGUAAUGAAGAUGGUGGCAGUGAUGGUAGUUUUAGAGUGAAAGUAGCAGUUAUUUGA